ACCAGUGGCUCCGCGGGAGAAAGAUGUGGCAGUCUGCUUCUGUAGAGAUUUACAACCUAGGAAACCCUAUGGGGUCGCUGCUAUGAGUCAGAGUUGGCUUGUCGGCAGUGGGUGUAUAGGAACAUGUCAUUUGCAAAAAGGGAUAGUUUUACUUCCUCCUUACUGAUUUGGAUAUCUUUUAUUUCUUUUUCUUGACAAAUUGCUCAGGCUAGGACUUCCAGAAUAGAAGGUUGAAUAGCAGUGGCUAGAGUGGGCAUCCUUGUAUUGUUCCUGAUAUUAAGGGGAAAGCUCUCAGUCUUUCUCCAUUGUGUAUGGUGUUCCCUGUGGGGAUCAAAAUUUCAAGAGCAUGAUUUGCUCCUGUUUUGUCCAAGGACUUGUUGUGAAAGCAGCUGUUAAGACUUCUGGUGUCCUUGGUUGUUGAUUUUUGUUUUUAAAUUGGUUUGGUGAUCCUCCAUUUUUACAUUCUGAUACCCCAGGUAGCAAUAUCCGUUGGUUGAUGACAGGCAGAGGGGUUAUUUGUUGACUUGUCAAAUGCUAUCAUCACUGAAUAAUUUUCUGAAUUUGUGAGUACUAGGUGAACGUAGAGCAGAGUUCAUCAAUUAGUAUUUUAAACAAGAUGGUAGGAUAGCUGUUAACAGGGCUUUUAUGUGAAUUGAGGGAAGAACCAUAGCAUAGUAGAAUUGAAGAAUUGUGAACCUGGGCUUUGGGUCCUCAAGUAAUUAAUAUUGCCAGUGUUUUGUGAGUGACAGAGAACGUGGUGAAAACCUUUGUGAGAUAUAACAGAAUAUUAAAAGUAGUGAUUGUAUAUUAAAAUUUUAGAAAAAUAAUGGAUGAUUAGCAGACAUGACAAGAUAGCCAUUAUUUAAGAUAAAAAUGAAAAACUUGAUAUAUUAAAUUCCAGCAAGCAGAUGUCAAAGUUGGUGAACCAGGUUCAGCCAUCUAAUGGCUAGUAAACAGUGAAAACAGAUUUUCAGCAUUUAUUGUGCAAGGAACUAAUUAUCCUUUAUGAUUUUGUUUUCAGGAAUAUCACAGAAUUCUCAAGCAAAAUUUAGCAGUGCAAAAUAAAAUCACAGUUUCAGCUGAGGAUGAGGUGUGUGUGUUGGGGGAGGAGCGUAAAGAAUCCAAUAAUAGCUGCAUUCUAAAGAGGCUAGGAAUCAUCAGCAUAGGAAAAAUAAUAGUAUGCCACUGUUAGUCAGGCCUACUGACUAAUAUUUAGUUAAGCCAUUAAACUGAAACUUAAAUUUGAAUAAAAAUUAUUUUCAGCAUUACAUUAUUCAGAAAAAUGUUACAUUAAUGUCAGUUAACACAUGAAUGUAACUGGAGUGCUUGUGUAAAAGAUAGAAGUGCCAAGUCUACUUAAAUAAUUUUGCUUAAAGUUUUUCAAAUUUUUGUUAAAUUUAUUUUUAAGUAUAGUUCAUCAGAUAGUCAUAACUUUGAACUUAAUGUAGUGUUUGUGUGCGUAUGUAUGCUUUUUGAUCCAACAAUCCUGGUACUUCCUGUUUUUAUUAUUCAAGGCUGUUUUUGAAAAGCAGUACAGACCAGACCUUAGUUUACUUAAUAAUAAUAAUAAAAUACAAACACCACAGACUGUAGUUCAAACAAAGAAUCUAGGGAUAUAUUACUAGUAAGUCUCCAUUUCAUUGUUCACUCUUUGUUUUCACACUCAGUUUGGAUUCUUGGUAGAACACUUGCCCUCAUCUGCUUCCCUUGUUGCUGGGCAAGGUUUGUGUUGCUCUUGUCUGAUUGGUUUUAAGCAGCUACCUCUUUGAGCCAAUCAGACAGUGAAUUUCACUUCUCUCAGAGGACUGAAGCACUGAAGCAGCUGCUGAUUUUAUUUUUCCUAUGGGGAGAUUAUAUAAAUUUUAGAGCAUGACUGCAGCAAGCUCCCUCUUGGAUUCAAAAUGGAUAGUAUAGAAGAACCUCAGAAAAAAGUCUUCAAGGCUCGAAAAACGAUGAGAGUGAGCGAUCGUCAACAACUUGAAGUAGUGUGCAAGGUCAAAGAAGAACUGUUGAAGGCUGAUGUCAAGCUGUUAAAUGGCAACCAUGAAAAUGGAGAUUUGGACCCAACUUCACCUUUGGAAAAUAUGGAUUAUAUUAAAGACAAGGAAGAGGUGAAUGGCAUCGAAGAGGUUUGUUUUGACCCUGAAGAAAGUAAAACAGAAUGGAAGGAAACGCCCUGUAUCCUAAAUAUUAAUGUUAAAAACAGUCAGAAUGAUGAUUUAAGUAGUGAACCUUUAUUUUCUAAUAAUAAAACUCCUGAACCAGCCUCUCAGAUGACUUCUGAACCACCUUCUGGUGUUCCGGCCUCUAACGAUCUGAACUUUGGAGAUUCGGCCUCUGGAAUACUGGCCUUACCUGUUCCUGCCUCUAGUGGUCCCACUUCUGGUGAUCCCACCUCUGAUGAUCGCACCUCCAGUGAUCCCAUCUCUGGUGAACCUGCCUCCAGUGAACCUGCCUCCAGUGAAUCCGCCUCUGGUGAACCCACCUCUGUUGAAUCUGCCUCUGGUGAACCUGCCUCUGGUGAACCCGCCUCUGAUGAACCCGCCUCUGAUGAACCUUCCUCUGAUGAACCCACUUCCGGUGAUCUGGCCUCUGAUGAUCCAGCCUCUGGUGAUCUGGCCUCUAGUGAUUUGCCGUCUGGUGAUCUGUCCUCUGGACCAUCAGCCGCUAGCGGACCGAUCUCUGAUGAACUGGCCUCUGAUGAACCAGCCUCUGAUCAACCAACCUCUGGAACACUGGUUUCUGAUGAUCAAACAGCCUUUGAACCAAGUACUAUACCAGUUUGUGAAGCAGUUCCUGAAACUACAGAGCCUAGUAGCAAUAAAGAUGAUGAUUUUCUUGAAAAUAAUAGGGAUGAUGAAAAGUUAGACCAAAUUCAAAGUAAGGACUCAUUUGAAGAGAAAAAUAAUGGUGAUAGUAAUACUGAUGCUAAUGAAGAAACUCCAAAAACAGAUGAAACAACUAUUUGUUCAAAUCUACCUCCUGAAAAUGAAAAGAAGGUAGAGGAAGAUGGUAUCCUAGAGCUUGCUCUUGGAGAAGAGGCUAUAUCUAGUAGUAUGGAACUUGAUCAAGGUGAAAAGAAUGAAGAUGAAAAUUCUUCAGACCUUGCAGAAACCAUUAAUGAAAAUGUUAUAGAAGAUGACAAAAAUGAGAAUAUAUUAGAAAACACAGAUUCCAUGGAGACAGAUGAAAUUAUUCCUAUUUUGGAAAAGCUUGCACCUGCUGAAGAUGAACUUACUUGCUUCUCUAAAACGUCUCUCCUUCCAAUUGAUGAGACAAAUCCAGAUUUGGAAGAAAAAAUGGAAGGUUCUUUUGGAUCACCAUCUAAACAAGAAAGUAGUGAGAGUUUGCCAAAAGAAGCCUUUUUGGUCCUCUCUGACGAAGAGGAUAUUUCAGGUGAAAAAGAUGAGUCUGAAAUUAUAUCACAAAAUGAGGCAUGCUCUCCAGCAGAAGUAGAAGGAAAUGAAAAGGACAGCAAACCUGAGGAAGACGAGCAAGUAAUACCUGAAGAAGAUGAAAGACCUUCUGAGAAAAAUGAAUUUUCAAGAAGAAAACGUUCUAAGUCAGAGGACAUGGACAAUAUACAGUCCAAACGCCGUCGAUACAUGGAAGAAGAAUAUGAGGCAGAAUUUCAAGUAAAGAUUACAGCCAAAGGAGACAUUAACCAGAAACUACAAAAGGUUGUGCAGUGGUUGCUGGAAGAAAAAUUGUGUACACUACAGUGUGCUGUAUUUGAUAAGACUUUGGCAGAAUUGAAAACACGAGUGGAAAAGAUUGAAUGUAACAAGAGGCAUAAAACAGUUCUUACUGAACUACAGGCCAAGAUAGCCAGGUUAACCAAACGGUUUGGAGCAGCCAAAGAAGAUCUUAAGAAAAGACAAGAAAAUCCACCAAACCCACCUGUAUCACCAGGAAAGCCUGCAAAUGAUAUCAGCAGUAAUAGUAAUGUACCCUACAGAAACACAGGCACAGUGAGACAGAUGCUGGAGUCCAAAAGAAAUGUAAGCGAGAGUGCACUGCCAUCCUUUCAAACCCCUGUGAAUACAGUAUCUUCAACCAGUCUUAUCACUCCUCCAACAGUUGUCAGUAGUCAACCUAAACUGCAGACUCCAGCAACCUCGGGUUCUCUGACAGCAACAUCAGUUCUUCCUGCACCCAACACAGCUACAGUAGUUGCUACUACUCAGGUGCCUAGUGGAAAUCCCCAACCUACAAUCUCUUUACAGCCUUUGCCAGUGAUUUUGCAUGUGCCUGUUGCUGUAUCCUCCCAGCCUCAGCUUCUGCAGAGCCAUCCAGGGACUUUAGUGACCAAUCAACCUUCUGGCAACGUUGAAUUUAUUUCUGUGCAAAGCCCACCUACAGUGAGUGGUCUGACCAAAAAUCCAGUAUCUUUGCCAUCUUUGCCAAACCCCACUAAACCAAACAACGUUCCUUCUGUGCCCAGUCCUAGUAUUCAAAGGAACUCUCCUGCUGGUGCCGCACCAUUAGGAACAACACUUGCUGUACAGGCUGUUCCAACAGCACACUCUAUUGUACAAGCCACAAGGACUUCUUUACCCACAGUAGGCCCAUCAGGACUCUAUAGUCCAUCAAAUAAUCGAGGUCCUAUACAGAUGAAAAUUCCAAUUUCUGCUUUUAGUACUUCAUCUCCUGCAGAACAGAGCAGCACUGCCACCCCAAGAGUUGAAAACCAGACAAACAAAACCACAGAUAAUUCUGUUAAUAAGAAAGCAGCUGAUAGUACAUCACAGACUGGGAGAGCCACAGCCAGUGAUUCCGGCGGUGUCAUUGAUCUCACAAUGGAUGAUGAAGAGAGUGCAACUUCACAAGACCCUAAAAAACCAAAUCACACUCCUGUAUCAACGAUUGGUUCUUCUCAGCCUGUGACUCGGCCGUUGCAACCCAUUCAGCCAGCACCCCCUCUUCAGCAAUCUGGGGUGCCAACGAGUGGACCAUCUCAGACAACGAUACACUUACUACCUACAGCUCCAACCACCGUGAAUGUAACACAUCGUCCAGUAACUCAGGUUACCACAAGACUCCCUGUACCAAGAGCUCCUGCAAACCACCAAGUUGUGUAUACAACUCUUCCGGCCCCACCAGCUCAGGCUCCCCUGCGAGGAACUGUCAUGCAGGCUCCUGCUGUCCGGCAGGUUAAUCCUCAAAACAGUGUCACAGUUCGAGUGCCUCAAACAACUACGUAUGUUGUAAACAGUGGACUAACGCUGGGAUCAGCGGGACCCCAGCUCACAGUACAUCACCGACCACCACAAGUGCAUACUGAGCCCCCACGCCCUGUGCACCCAGCACCCUUACCAGAAGCCCCACAACCACAGCGUCUGCCCCCCGAAGCUGCCAGCACAUCUCUGCCUCAGAAGCCACACUUGAAGUUGGCACGAGUUCAGAGUCAAAAUGGCAUUGUACUGUCAUGGAGUGUCCUGGAGGUGGAUCGAAGCUGUGCCACUGUUGAUAGCUACCAUCUCUAUGCUUAUCAUGAGGAACCCAGUGCCACUGUGCCCUCACAGUGGAAAAAGAUUGGGGAAGUCAAGGCACUUCCUUUGCCCAUGGCAUGUACUCUUACUCAGUUUGUAUCUGGCAGCAAGUACUACUUUGCAGUACGAGCCAAGGAUAUUUAUGGACGAUUUGGACCUUUCUGUGAUCCUCAGUCAACGGAUGUGAUCUCUUCUUCCCAGAGCAGUUAAACCUUGGAGCCUUUAUCUCUGUUCCUCUUUCGAAAGUUCCACUUUUUGGUCUUGUUUUUAAUCUUGUGCAUGAUACCCACUGUAAAAUCAGCGUUCUGCAAGAGUUCUUGGACAGAUGUGUCUAUACACUACAUUUGUUUUUAACCAAAAGUAAAAUAAACUCAGCCUAUAAAGCAAGAAUCUAUUUUCCUGGACAAUUCAGGCUUCAAGGUUUUGAAAUGUAAAUGUGCACCUUGCUUUUAGUUUUGAGGCUGGGGAAUAUUUGUGGGUGUUUGUGUGUGUUUUCCUUAUUUACAUGUUUCUCGCAGUGGAAUCUUCCACUUUCAUUCUCAAAUUUACCUCUUUUCCAGCGAAGUAGAUCAGAGGAUCUGAGGUAUGUAACUGGCAUGAUACAAUUCUGCUUCUGAGGGAUCUGUAGGAUCAUAGUGAAUGAUUUAAACUGAAUCUAAACAAAACCCAAAGAAAGAAAGAAAAAGAAAAAUGGCUAAAUAGUUUAAAAUAGGUUAAUUUGAACACAGGAAAGGAUCUGUUCAUCUUUCUUUUGUCUCUACUGGGUUGUUUAUUAGGUGAAAAAGAUCUCAGCGGCCCCUCCUUUUCCUCAUUGGAUGUUUUAAAUUUAUUUUGUGCCUUAAAGACUGACUACAAAAAUAAACACGGCCAUAUGUCCAUUGUUGUUUACUCUUCCCUCUCAGCCUUUCACCUUCAUUCCUCCCCCAUCUCCAGCCAAUAUACCCUUAGCCCCACAAGUAAUUUUUAACCCAAGGCUUAUAUAUAUAUAUUCUCACCUGUGGUAUCAUUAGAUUUAACUUCAAAAGUUUGACUUGCUGUUUUCUUCUGUAAGAAUAUGGAUGCUUUUGUUUUUGGUCACUAUUUAAAUUGACUCUGUGUAAAGUGAACGAAGAGAAAACCAGAUUGUGUAAGAAACUUCUCCUUCACACAUGUUUUACUAUCCAUGUUGUAUAGUGUGCUAGAGAUUAUGAAAGAAAUUUCAGUUCACUUUAUCAUCAAAACCUAGUGUUCUUUCAAAGGAAGAAGUGAUAAAAUUCACAAAGUACAGUAAACUAAAAUAUCAAAAGGAGAGCUCAAUGUCCUCUUUAUUCUCUCAUCAAUUUUCCUGUUUUAACCUUUAAACUUUGUUUUGAUGGUGCCAAAUUGAAUCUCAUUUACCCUGUGACAGCUUUGAAUAGAGAUUAAAGUGUACCCUUUUGGGUCAUUUUCUGUAACAAUUAGAUAUAAACUCUUGUGUAACUCCAUUCCUCUUCAAAGUUAAUAGAAUUCAGCGUAGAUCAUGGAUUUUCAACGAGUGCCAGUUAGACUGGUUAUCAGCUCAGUGUUGAAGUGUAGAUAGUUUAGUACAGGAAGGCUGGGUAAGUUCGGGGAUGAGGGUAUGAUUGGGAAUGUUUUUAAAAGAAUUAAUGGAGUUUGUGAAAUAACUUUUCACGUCAUCUGCCUCUUGCCAUAUUUGACUUCAUAUUCCUACUUUCUCAAAUUAGUCAUUUUUUUCCUGGAAUUAACAGGAGGGAGGUAUCCCUCCUAUUAGUGCUGUUUUGUUUGCAGCUUUGAUUUUGUAAUAGGAAUUAUUCUGGUUGUAAAGUUCUCUUUAGAGAAAGUUUACUUUCACUGAAGGUCAUGUACUGUCAUCUUAGUUGUGAAGUUUGAUGCUGAAGAAGGCCUACAGAUUGCCAAAAUGUCAGUGCUCUGAAACCUUCCUUUCACUUUCUGAAAAUGAGACCACAAUGAUCAUUAGGUUUUGACGACUCAAAUUUGCCAACCAACUAUGUAGAUGUUACUCAAUUCUAGGACUGAUUUUAAUGAUGAUGGUAAAGAAGUUGUCAAUGUCAUGACAGUGGACAUUUCAAAAUGGAGAAAUUGAUGAUCUCCUGGAUGUAUAUGAACACCUGUCUAUAUCUGCAUGUAUAUACAUUCUUACCUACAAUGGUUUCAGUGUGGAUUAUGUGUUCAAGAUGAUUCCUGUGUACAGAAUUAUUAGAAAGCCCAUGUUCAAAAUUGUUCUGUAUUGGCCUGUUCUAUGGUCACGUGACAACUAUUUGCUUACCUAGCCUAGAAAAAGUUCCCUUGAUAAAUGUUUAUGUUCAUUAAUCCUUAAAAAAAAAAAAAAAAA